GAAGAAGUAUGCACACACACACGCGCGCACGCACACACGCACACACACACACACAUAUAUAUAUAUAUAUAUAUACACACUUUGAAUAUUCUCAGAUGGAAUCAUGGAUGAGAUAGAGCCAUUUAGAAUUAAUUGGUCAGAAAUCAGAGGAAGUCUGUUUUCACUAUUUCAGCUUGAGGAUUCUAGUUUCCUAAUAAGUCCUGAAGUAAAUUCUGCUAGGGAAGAUUCUGAUGUUGAAUCUGAUCAGCAGAGGGCUGCAACUGAUAGAUUGCCUUCAUUUAGACGUCCAAGAUUAUCUUUAUUUGGUAAAGAUCAUGAGAGGGAGGUGGUUGAUGUUACUAAGCUUGGAUCUCAAGAGCGGCAUACAUUUAUAGAAAAUCUCAUCAAACACAUUGAAAAUGACAACCUUCAGUUGUUGAGGAAAAUAAGAAAUAGAAUAGACAAUGUUGGUGUAAAGUUGCCCACUCUUGAGGUAAGAUACAAGAAUUUAACUGUGGACGCAGAGUGCGCCGUUGUGCAGGGAAAACCCCUUCCAACUCUUUGGACUUCUUUCACUCAGUUCUUUUCUGAUGCUGCAAAGCUAUUGGGUCUUAAUUCACGUGAAGCCAACAUAAGAAUCAUUAAUAAUGUCAGUGGCAUCAUAAAGCCUGGAAGGAUGACUCUACUGCUUGGUCCUCCUGGAUGUGGAAAGACUUCUCUGUUGAAGGCUCUUGGAGGAUAUCUAGACCAGUCUCUUCAGAUCAGUGGGGAAGUUACCUUUAAUGGUUACAAACUGGAGGAGUUUGUUCCCCAGAAAACUUCUGCAUAUAUAAGCCAACAUGAUGUUCACAUUGCUGAGACAACCGUGAGGGAGACCCUUGAUUUUUCAGCUCGUUUCCAAGGUGUUGGAAGCAGAGCUGAUAUUAUGAUGGAGGUCAUUCAGAGGGAGAAGGAAGCAGGAAUUAUUGCAGAUACAGAGAUUGAUACCUACAUGAAGGCAAUAUCUGUCAAAGGACUUGAAAGAUCCCUUCAGACAGACUACAUUUUAAAAAUCCUUGGACUUGAUAUCUGUGCUGAUACAUUAGUUGGAAAUGCCCUGAGAAGAGGUAUCUCUGGUGGCCAAAAAAGGCGUUUGACUACUGGGGAGAUGAUUGUAGGUCCCACAAAUGCUUUGUUUAUGGAUGAAAUAACAAAUGGAUUAGACAGUUCAACGGCUUUUCAGAUUGUUGUUUGUCUUCAGCAGCUAGCACACAUCACAGACAGUACUGUGCUUGUUUCGCUUCUUCAGCCAGCACCAGAAACCUUUGAUCUUUUUGAUGACAUAAUUUUGAUGGCGGAGGGAAUGAUUGUGUAUCAUGGUCCGCGCGACAAGAUUCUGCAACAUUUUGAGGAAUGUGGGUUUAGGUGUCCUGAAAGGAAAGCAGUUCUUUCUAAAAAGGAUCAAGAACAGUAUUGGUACUGUACAGAACUACCCUAUAGUUACGUUUCAGUGGAUAUGUUUGCUAGGAAAUUCAAGAGAUCUAGGCUUGGAAUGACGCUUGUGGAGGAUCUUUCUGUGCCAUAUGAUAAAUCUCUAAGCCAUAAAAAUGCCCUCUCCUUCAGGCUACUCAUUGCUUCAUUCAUCACAAUGACUGCAUUUCUGCGGACUCGGAUGGAGAUUGAUAUUCUUCAUGGGAAUUACUACAUGGGUUCUCUUUUCUUUUCUCUCCUUGUACUUGUAUUUGAUGCAUUUCCAGAGUUGUCUAUGACUGUUGCAAGACUUGAAGUGUUCUAUAAGCAGAAAGAGUUGCAAUUUUACCCAGCUUGGGCUUAUGCCAUUCCAGCAACUAUCCUAAAAGUGCCUCUUUCUUUUGUGGAAUCUUUUGUUUGGACAUGUCUUACUUAUUUUGUCAUCGGUUACAGCCCUGAGGCUAGGAGGUUCUUCUUCCAGUUUAUUCUACUUUUUGCCCUACACUUAUCAUCAACAUCCAUGUUCCGCUUCCUGGCCUCGGUCUUCCAGACUGUGAAUGCUGCUAUGACAGCUGGUAGUUUUGCGCUAGUGUUAAGCUUUCUAUUUAGUGGCUUUGUCAUCGCCAAAUCCUCCCUACCUAUCUGGUUGAAGUGGGGGUUUUGGUUUUCUCCUGUGUCAUAUGGGGAGAUAGGACUUUCAGUCAACGAAUUUUUUGCUCCACGAUGGCAAAAGGUCCUCCAGACGAACACUAUAAUAGGGAAACAGAUACUGGAAAGCCGAGGACUAAACUUUCAUGAAUAUAUUUCCUGGAUAUCACUCAUUGCCCUGUUUGGAUUUGCUUUAGUGUUCAAUAUUGGCUUUAUCUUGGCUUUAACUAUUUUGAAGUCUCCAAGAUCUUCUCAUGCCAUUAUUUCACAAGAAAAGCUUUCCCGUAUGCAAGGAAGAGAAGAAAGUGCAAGUAAGGAAGAAAAGUCUAGGAGUAACUGUCCAAAGAUUAAAAAAUCUAGCAAAGCUAGGUUGGUCCUACCUUUUCAACCCUUGACGGUGGUAUUUGAGGAUCUGCAGUAUUUCGUCGACACCCCCUUGGAAAUGAGAGAAAGGGGGUUUGCUGAGAAAAAACUACAACUUCUCUCCAAUAUAACGGGUGUCCUCAGACCUGGUGUUCUUACAGCAUUGAUGGGUGUCAGUGGAGCAGGGAAAACAACCCUUCUGGAUGUUCUUGCUGGAAGAAAAACAAGUGGUUACAUUGAAGGGGAAAUAAAAAUUGGAGGCUAUCCUAAGGUUCAAGAUACUUUUGCUAGGAUUUCUGGCUACUGUGAGCAAACUGAUAUACAUUCCCCUCAACUCACUGUGGAAGAAUCUGUCAUUUUUUCGGCUUGGUUGCGUUUGGCUUCUGAAAUUGACACAAAAACAAAAGCUGAAUUUCUGAAUGAAGUACUCGAGAUCAUUGAGCUUGAUGAAAUUAAGGAUGAACUGGUUGGCAUACCUGGGGUUAGUGGUCUAUCAACUGAGCAGCGCAAGCGGCUUACAAUAGCCGUGGAGCUUGUUGCCAACCCCUCAAUAAUCUUUGUGGAUGAACCUACAACUGGCUUGGAUGCACGGGCAGCAGCUAUUGUCAUGCGAGCAGUCAAGAAUGUUGUUGACACAGGAAGAACCAUUGUCUGCACAAUUCACCAGCCAAGUAUCCAUAUAUUUGAAGCGUUUGAUGAGUUGAUUCUUCUGAAAACUGGUGGGCAUACAAUAUACUUUGGACCACUGGGACAGCAUUCAAGCAAGGUUAUUGAAUAUUUUGAGGGUAUCUCUGGUGUACCAAAGAUUAGAAGUAAUUAUAACCCAGCUACCUGGAUGUUAGAAAUCACUUCUAAAUCUGCUGAAGCUGAACUUGGUAUAGAUUUUGCCAAAAUAUACAAGGAUUCUGCCUUAUAUCAGAUCAAUCAAGAGCUCAUAAGGGAGCUGAGUACUCCACCUCCUGAUUCCAGAGAUCUGCAUUUUCCAACUCGCUUCACACAAAAUAGUUGGGAACAAUUCAAAUCCUGCCUAUGGAAACAACACUUGUCUUAUUGGAGAAGUCCUUCUUACAACCUCACGCGCAUCAUGUUUACACUUGUGACAUCUUUGCUUUUUGGUGUGCUCUUUUGGAACCAAGGACAGAACAUCAAUAACCAGCAGAAUUUAUUCGAUAUAGUUGGUGCAAUGUCAGUAGCAACAACCAUGUUGGGUAUAAAUAACUGUCAAACAAUUUUGCCUUACAUUGCAACAGAGAGAACAGUCAUGUACCGCGAGAGAUUUGCAGGGAUGUACUCUCCAUGGCCUUAUGCUGUUGCACAGGUGCUAGUUGAGGUUCCUUAUCUGUUAGUCCAAAGUCUAGGGUUUCUGAUCAUUACAUAUCCAAUGAUCGGAUAUUAUGGAAACUCUUACAAGCUUUUCUGGUAUUUCUAUGCCGUGUUCUGUACAUUGUCAUACUUUAACUACCUAGGAAUGGCACUUGCAUCAUUGACACCAAACUUCUUGGUGGCUGGAAUUCUAGCAUCAGUCUUCUACACAAUCCUUAAUCUUUUCUCUGGAUACAUAAUCCCUCAACGGCAAAUUCCGGGAUGGUGGAUUUGGUUGUAUUACCUGACUCCUACAUCUUGGACGCUGAGGGGGAUGCUUACCUCGCAAUAUGGUGAUAUUGAUAAGCAAGUUGUGGUAUUUGGGGAGACUAAAAAUGUGGCUUCAUUCAUAAAUGAGUAUUUUGGGUUUCACCAUGAUCAGUUGGCAGCUACAGCAGCUAUCCUCAUAGCCUUCCCACUGGCACUUGCUCUUGUUUUUGGAUAUUGUAUUGGACGAUUGAAUUUUCAACGGAGGUGAAUUAUCCUGUAGACUGUGCAGGAGCUCUUGCUGUCUUUUAUUCACAAUGUAAUGGAAAAUAGUGUCAUGACGUUGAAUAAUCACGUCCUCCCCUCCGGGGAAAGAUAACCUUAUUCUCUUCUCUAAUGUAACAAAAAAAACUUAUAAUUAACUAUGAAUAGGCAAGGCUAUUGGCCAAAAGUCAAGUUUAGCACUCAUUAAAUAAAAUUAAUAUUUUUAA